CUUUAACACAUUUCAAAAAAGUAGCAUAAUAUUAGGUAAAUCGUGUCAAAGAACUUGGUGUUUUAUUUAGUAUUAUAAAAGUUACAUGCGUUGCUGACGCAGUCAAGAUUCUUAUAUUUUAAGCCUAAAAGUAGGCUUAUUUCAUUCAAAAAUCCUUUUCAAUUUUAAAAUUAUUGUACACACGGCCUGCAAAUGGCAAGUGUUAAGAAGCAAAAUGGGAAUCGUUCCAUUAACGGCCCAAAAAUUUUAAAUGAUAAGCGCAUGCCUGACUCACAAGAAGUGCAAAUAAUGACGACUUUGCCAAUUCCACCACCGAAACAAAUAAACUUGACCAUAGCAAAGAGUAAACAAAAGAAAAUGGAUCACUACGUCUUACAAACAACUUCUAUUAAAGGCGAAGAAGGCGAUAUAAGUGAUACUAUCGACUUUAUUCUUACUGAUAAUGAUGAAGUAAAACCUAUUAACACAAUUACGAGUACUAACGAACAUGUUGCCGAAGAGUUGCGCUUAAGUGGUGAUGAAGAGGAGGAAGAAGAAGGCGAAGAUCGCACUGAAGAACAUAUUUGCGGUAAAUGCUAUAAGUCAUUUAGACGAUUUAGUGGACUUGUGAAGCAUUUGGCUUUUUGUCACUUCGAUAGUGAUUAUCAUUUACGAAAAGCAGAAAUGAUGAAGAAUAUUGAGAAAAUUGAAAAGGAUGCAAUUAAUAUGGAGAAUAAAGAUAUUUGCUUUUGCUGUGGAGAAAGUUACGAUACAUUUCAUUUAGGUCAGAUAAAUUGUCCUGAUUGCCCAAAGUCAUUUAAAACUCAAAUAAGUUACGAGCGACACAUAUUCAUAACACAUUCGGAAUCUGAUGAAUUUCCGUGUUCUAUAUGCAAUGCAAAAUUACGUACAGCUAAUCUAUUGAAGCUGCACGAAGAGCAACAUAAAAACCGUGGUAAGCCGUAUGCCUGUAAAAUAUGCGGUAAAGAUUUUACUCGGACAUACCAUUUAAAACGUCAUCAAAAAUAUACAUCUUGCUCAGCGAAUGCCAAUGACACCAUGAGCUGUAAGGUGUGUAAUAAAGUUUUUUAUCGUUUGGAUAAUUUGCGAGCACACUUAAAGCAUCAUCUGGGCACACAAGUAACCAAGAAAGAAGAAUACAUGUGUCCAAUUUGUAAAAAUUGUUUUUACAGUUUAUCAACUUUAAACAUACAUACUCGUACACAUACGGGCGAACGUCCUUUUGCUUGCGACUUAUGUGACAAGAAAUUUCCAUCACUGGUUGCUUUAAAAAAACAUCGUCGUUAUCACACUGGGGAAAAACCAUAUACAUGCCCUGAAUGUAAUCAAAGUUUUGCUGUUAAGGAGGUACUCAAUCGUCAUAUGAAGCGACAUACUGGUGAAAAGCCACACGUUUGUCCCGAAUGUGGAAAAAGUUUUAUACAAGCCACUCAGCUUCGUUGUCAUAGUAAAACUCACAUACGUCCAUUUGGUUGUGAUCAGUGUGAAGAAAAAUUUAAAACUAUGAAGCAGUUAGAGAGGCAUACCAAAAUUCAUUCGUCAAAGCGCAAGCGUAAAAAUAAAGCUCAAGAGCACAAAUUUAAAUGCAGUGAAUGCAAAGCUACUUAUACGACGGAGGAAGAACUUAAAACUCAUUACGACGUAGGAGUUCACAUACCUACCUAUACCAGCAGUAGUAUCCAAAUGGAGAAAGGUCGAACAGAUUGUGCUGUUUGUGAUAAGGAAUUCGAUUCACUUAAAACUCUCAAUUCUCAUAUACUUAAAGUACAUGAUGAGAAGCCGGAAACUUUCCAUAAUGCUAAACGUGCAUCAAAAGUUGAAUUGAAUACUUCUGGCUCAUCACCAACAAAGAUUUACAGGAUUGAUGAUUCCAAUGAAAAUCCCAUUGAAAGUAUUACAACAAUCAACAAUAAUGAUAUAUUACCAGUAAAAAAUACUGAUCAAACAUCGAUCGAAGGUGGUGUUGUUGUGCAACAAUUUAUAGUAGAUGAAGUUCCUGAAAGCACCACUGAACAAUUAUUGUUGGAAAACAAACUAUACACUGUUAUACCAUUAGAAAACGAGACUAUGAAAAGAGAAUCGAAAAUCACUGUUCCUCAGGAGUCACCAAAAGACAGGAAGCGUAAUAUAAAAUCUUUAGCUGAAAGUUUAGUGGCUGCUAUUACAGAUGAUGUUUCUGAUGAUGAAGGACAACUUAUGAUAGUGGAAAAUGUGGAAACUGAAGAUGAUAUAAGAGUUAAGGGCAAUGUUCGAAGACUAUUGGAUAUUUUAGUGGACAGAUCUACUUUGAAGAAAUUCGGUUGGCCAGAAGCAACUGAAGAAUAUGUGCUCUGCAAGGUUAUUGAAAAUUGUGGUUAUGAUUUGGGUAAGGAUGAGUCGUGUAAUGCUGAUAGCGAUUAUGCAACACGUAUGCGUGAAUACGUUAAAUUGCUAUUUAGUGUUGUAAUACACAAUGAUUCCAUAAAAGAACUUUUAAAUAAUUAUCCAAUCGAUGAUGUAAUUGAAUUUGUAUUGGAUAAUGAUGAUCACGAACGUGAAGAAGAUGAUGACGAUGAAGAUGAUUAAAUUAAAUGUUUUUAAAAAUAUUAUAUACGUAUGCUAUA